AUGCUUCGCCUUCGACUCCUUCCCAUUGCAGCAGGGCUGUCUGCCGUCUCCCGGCGCUACCACGGGACAGCGCGUCACCCCGGGGCCAGGCGGAGGCUUGUGGUGGCAGCUUUCGUAGGGACCACGGCAGUGACAGCAAGUGCUAGAUUCCUUUGGCAGAGGGCCUAUGCAGAAGACUCAUCGUCCGUAAAGCACAAUCCAAGGGCAGAACCAAGUGAGAAGGUGAAGCACCAGGAGGAGGAGGAGGAGGAGAGCAGCAGUGAUGAAAGCAGGAAAGCUGUAGCCUCAGGCAGUGAGGAGGCUCAGCCAGAAGGGAAGAAGAAAAAGCGUUCUGGAUUCAGGGACCGUAAGGUGAUGGAAUAUGAGAACAGGAUCAGAGCCUAUUCCACGCCAGACAAAAUCUUCAGAUACUUUGCAACUUUGAAAGUAAUCAACGAGCACGGUGAAUCGGAGGUUUUUAUGACACCGCAGGAUUUUGUGAGAUCGAUAACACCUAAUGAGAAACAACCGGAAAACCUGGGCCUGGAUCAGUUUAUCGUGAAACGUUAUGAUGGAAAGAUACGGGUAAAAUUUUCAUCUAAAUUAUUAGCUGAGCUCAUCCCCAAUGCGCAGUCACGUAGAACGAAAUUAUCCCAGGAGCGAGAGAAGUUUGCUGACGAAGACAGCAUAUUUUACGCGCUUGGAGAAUGUGGACUCAUUUCUUUUUCUGACUACAUUUUCCUUACUACGGUCCUUUCCACUCCCCAGAGGAAUUUUGAAAUCGCCUUUAAGAUGUUUGAUCUGAAUGGUGAUGGUGAAGUGGACAUGGAAGAGUUUGAGCAGGUGCAGAGCAUCAUUCGCUCCCAAACCAGCAUGGGCAUGCGCCACAGAGACCGCUCCACAACUGGAAACACCCUGAAAACUGGGUUCAGCUCUGCCCUGACGACAUACUUCUUCGGAGCUGAUCUGAAAGGGAAGCUCACCAUCUCUCACUUCUUAGAUUUCCAGCGCAAACUUCAGCAUGAUAUUCUGAAGCUCGAGUUUGAGCGGCACGAUCCGGUGGACGGGCGGAUCACGGAGCGCCAGUUUGGCAGCAUGCUGCUGGCUUACAGCGGGGUGCAGUCCAAGAAGCUCACCGUCAUGCUGAAGCAGCUCAAGAAGCACUUUCAGGACGGAGAGGGGCUGACAUUUGAGGAGGUGGAGAACUUCUUUACGUUUCUGAAGAACAUAAAUGAUGUGGACACAGCUUUGAGCUUUUACCACAUGGCUGGAGCUUCGCUCGAUAAAGUGACGAUGCAGCAGGUGGCCAGGACGGUGGCGAAGGUGGAGCUCUCCGACCACGUGUGCGACGUGGUGUUCGCACUCUUCGACUGCGACGGGAACGGAGAGCUGAGCAACAAGGAGUUUGUCGCCAUUAUGAAGCAGCGGCUCAUGAGAGGCUUGGAGAAACCCAAAGACAUGGGCUUCACGCGGCUCAUGCGGGCCAUGUGGAAAUGCGCUCAGGAGACGGCUUGGGACUUCACCAUGCCGAAACAGUAGCCGGGCAGGCAGGAGAGCCUGGCGGCGCGUGGCUGCCGGCG